UGUACGUGAUAGGCAAUGAUGAAUGCGCUGGGUUGUAAUAAGCCUGAUGCAGAGCUGCAGUGGUCGAACACACCGUGUGAAUGGUCCUGAUGAGAGUGUGCGCUGCCUGCCGACGAAGAGGGAAACUAGAAACGGGUGAUCCGCUCGGUGCGUCAGGACGCACAAGAUUACCGCAGAUGGCCUCUGUAGACUGUUCUAAUUCUAGCGGAUGAUUUCAGAGCGUAGAGCUUUUAUUUAUUUCAGUCUACACGAAGGUGAAGAGUCGACAGAGCGAGAGGAAAAACGUCCUAUGAACAGUUGCACAUGAGACAUCCAAGAGUCGGUUUGUCUUACGCAGACGUUUUGCGACGGCGGCACAUUUGCUCUCAUGCUCACCAUCUAAGCAGCGACGGACGGACAACGCGACUGCAACUUCAAUAUAAUUAAUAUUCCACCGCAGUUGAACGUCUUCGUCUUCACCGCUGAACUAACUCGAAUGUUAUUCUUCUUUUCGAGCAGGACAAUGAUUUCGUCACUGUUAUUUAUUUUGAUGCCCACACGGGCGCAUUUCCGCGAGGAUCUGCUCUGCCCGUGAGGAUAUUCAUCCCACUGCCUGUAUCACAUUUUCAGUCGGGUGGAUUUUUCCCCCUCUCUCGUUUUACGGCGGUUUGUCUUUAAGGUAGCACGCUAUUAAUUUUUAAUUCUUAUGCAUCCGCACGAAGACGGGUCCAGAGAGGAGAAAACGAGUGCUUACCAGAGGAGGGGAGAAGGAGGCAAGUGAGGAGGGAAGCGAGAAUGACUGAGACACACUGAGGGGGGAAAAGGAACAGGAGAUUGGAGGAUUCAAGCAGGAUCCCUCUCAGGGAGGGUGUAAGCUGAGGAAGUGCCGCCUCACUCACCUGUGCCUGCUGACUGCCUCUACACUUUAGCCCCGCCCCUUGCCCCAUCCCCUGGUUUUCAUCCAACAUGGCUCUAGCAGUCUGGAUCAUCUUCACCUGUGCUGUGGCUUUCAGCAACAUCAGUCCGUCCUCACAAGCUCUGAGCCGGUCAAUGAUGCCCUUCGGCUUGAUGCGUCGAGAGCUGGCUUGCGAAGGCUACCCCAUCGAGCUGCGCUGCCCUGGAAGUGAUGUAAUCAUGAUCGAGACGGCCAACUACGGCCGCACGGAUGACAAGAUCUGUGACGCAGACCCCUUCCAGAUGGAGAAUGUGCAGUGCUACCUUCCGGACGCCUUCAAGAUAAUGUCACAGAGGUGUAAUAACCGCACCCAGUGUGUGGUGGUCGCGGGGUCAGAUGUGUUCCCAGACCCCUGCCCAGGAACCUACAAGUACCUGGAGAUCCAGUACGAGUGUGUCCCCUACAAAGUGGAUCAAAAAGUCUUUGUGUGCCCUGGGACUCUGCUGCGGGUGCAGGCGGCUAGUUCUCUACAGGAGGCUGAGCACCAGGCAGGGGCGUGGUGCAAGGACCCGCUGCAGUCUGGGGACCGUCUGUACGUCAUGCCCUGGACCCCCUAUCGCACUGACAUGCUGUUCGAGUACGCCUCCUGGGAAGACUUCAAACAGAACCGAGCCACCACCACCUACAAGUUGCCCAACAGAGUCGACGGCACAGGAUUUGUGGUGUACGAUGGCGCGGUGUUUUACAACAAAGAGCGCACACGGAACAUAGUCAAGUAUGACCUACGGACGCGAAUCAAGAGCGGCGAGGCUAUUAUCACAAACGCCAACUACCACGACACCUCGCCAUAUCGCUGGGGAGGGAAAUCGGACAUAGACCUGGCAGUUGACGAGAACGGCCUCUGGGUGAUCUACGCCACGGAGUCCAACAACGGGCGGCUGGUGGUUAGCCAGGUGAACCCUUACACUCUGCGCUUUGAAGGCACCUGGGAGACCAGCUUUGACAAGAGGAUGGCCUCCAACGCCUUCAUGGCGUGCGGCGUGCUCUACGCAGUGCGGUCGGUCUACCAGGACGAUGACAGCGAAGCAGGCGGCGACUUGGUGAUGUAUGCCUACAAUACCAACCACGCCCGAGAGGAGCCUGUCAACAUCCCUUUCCCCAACCCGUACCAGUAUAUUUCCUCUGUGGACUACAACCCUCGAGACAACCAGCUUUAUGUGUGGAACAACUAUAAUGUGCUGCGUUACGCCCUGGAGUUUGGACCGCCAGACCCCACCACGGCCGUAGUUACAACAGCUAAUGCUUAUUAUCUCUCCAUUACUUUCCCCUCCUCUGUUUCUGCUCCCUCUGCUCGUCCAGGCAUCGCUUCGUUCCAGUGCUUGGAGGAGCAGGUCAUGUGGAACCCGCGGGGUCCUGACCUCAGUAACUGCACCUCCCCGUGGGUCAACCAGGUGGCCCAGAAGAUAAAGAGCGGUGAGAAUGCUGCCAACAUAGCGGGAGAGCUGGUGAACCACACACGGGGUCGCGUCCAGGCCGGAGAUGUCAGCUCAUCCGUGCGACUCAUCGAGCAACUGCUAGACAUACUGGAUGCCCAGCUUCAGGCCCUGAGGCCGGGGAACAAGGAGUCGGCUGCACGGAACUACAACAAGCUCCAGAAGCGAGAGAGGACCUGCCGAGCCUACAUCCAGGCUGUGGUGCAGACAGUGGACAACUUGCUCCGUCCUGAGGCCCUGGAGUCAUGGCAGGACAUGAACAGCACAGAGCAGGCCCACACUGCCACCAUGCUACUGGAUGUCCUGGAGAAAGGGGCUUUCCUGCUCGCCAACAACAUGUAUGGGAAUCACUUCUCUGACCGAGCGCCCAGCAUUGAACUGGAGGUGCAUGUUCUGAACACAGAGAUGGACCUGCAGGAUUUGUCCUUCCCACAGAACUAUGCCGGCGACAGCACCAUCCAGCUAUCAGCUUCCACUAUUAAACAGUACAGUCGCAACGGACAAGUCAAGGUGGUUUUCAUUCUAUACAAAAACUUGGGUUCCUUCCUUUCUACUGAGAAUGCCACAGUGAAGAUGGAGGUGGAGGGGCCGAGUCACGAUAAGAAGCGUCUGGCGGUUAACUCCCAUGUAAUUGCUGCCUCCAUCAACAAAGAGUCCAGCAGAGUGUUUCUCACCGAGCCAGUGGUCUUUACACUCAAACGCCUACAGAUGGACAAUUAUUACACUCCAAACUGCUCCUUCUGGAACUACUCGGAGCGCUCCAUGACAGGCCAGUGGUCGUCGCAGGGCUGCAGGCUGCUGGACACCAACAGCACACACACCACCUGCUCCUGCAGCCACCUCACCAACUUCGCCGUGCUCAUGGCUCACCACGAGCCCGAUUACCAGGGGCGAAUGCACGAACUGAUCCUGUUUGUGAUCACGUGGGUGGGGAUCGUCAUCUCCCUCGUGUGUCUGGCCAUCUGCAUCUCCACUUUCUGCUUCCUGAGGGGACUGCAGACCGACCGCAACACCAUCCAUAAGAACCUCUGCAUCAACCUCUUCAUCGCCGAGCUGCUCUUCCUCAUCGGCAUCGACAAAACAGAAUAUCAUAUUGCCUGCCCCAUCUUUGCUGGCCUUCUGCAUUUCUUCUUCUUGGCUGCCUUCUCCUGGAUGUGUCUGGAGGGUGUGCAGCUCUAUCUCAUGCUGGUGGAGGUCUUUGAGAGCGAGUACUCCCGCAAAAAGUACUACUAUCUGUGCGGCUACUGCUUCCCUGCACUGGUGGUGGGCAUCUCGGCAGCCAUAGACUACAGGAGCUAUGGGACCAAGAAAGCAUGCUGGCUUCGAGUGGAUAACUACUUCAUCUGGAGCUUCAUUGGACCCGUUUCAUUUGUGAUUAUGCUCAACCUCAUUUUCCUCAUGAUCACUUUACACAAGAUGAUCCGCAACUCUUCAGCUCUCAAACCUGACUCUAGCCGUCUGGACAACAUUAAGUCGUGGGCUCUGGGGGCCAUUGCUCUGCUGUUCCUGCUCGGGCUGACGUGGGCUUUUGGCCUCCUCUUUAUCAAUGAGAACACGGUUAUCAUGGCCUACCUGUUCACCACCUUCAAUGCCUUCCAGGGCAUGUUCAUCUUCAUCUUCCACUGUGCCCUGCAAAAGAAGGUCCAUAAGGAGUACAGCAAGUGUCUGCGUCACUCCUACUGCUGCAGCCGCACCUCCACCACCAGCUCCCACGGCUCCCUCAAGAACUCGGGCCUGCGUGCCAACAACCGCUACUACAGCGGCAGCCAAGCUCGCCACGCAGCAGCCCACAGACAGAGUCGGAUCCGCAGGAUGUGGAACGACACGGUUCGGAAGCAGACGGAAUCUUCUUUCAUGGCGGGAGAUAUCAAUAGUACCCCGACACUCAACCGUGCGACCAUGGGCAACCACCUUCUGACAAACCCGGUGUUACAGACUCGCACUGGUACCUCUCCAUACAACACUCUGCUGGCUGAGAGCUUCACCCCGCCCUCGCCUGGCGUCUUCAACUCUACUGGAACCUUCCGUGACCCAAAAAGCACGUUAUCAAAGGCCCGCGAACCCUGUGGGAUGGAAACACUGCCCUUGAAUGGUAACUUCAACAACAGCUACUCCCUGCGCAGUGGCCCGGGGGGUGGAGGUGGGGGCAGCUGCGACUUCCUUGGUGGCGGGGGCGGAGACAGUCCCCCUGCCCUCUUCAAUGCCCGCGGCUCAGAGACCAUGGGAGGUGGAGGCAUCCGACGAAACCUCUCUGAUGCAGCUGCCUUCGAGAAGAUGAUCAUCUCUGAGCUCGUUCACAACAACCUGAGAGGUGGUGUGGGAGGAAGUGGAGGAGGCGGAGGUGACGUAGGGGACAGAAUGUGUGGCAGCCUGGCCAGAGGACGCCCUCAUGGUGGGGUGGGUCAGGGGACGACGGGGGUCGGGCCAGAGCCAUCCAUUAGUAUGGAUGAAGAUGAGGACUAUCUUCGAGAGGGACGGCAGCGCACACCUCAGGAUGUGGAGCUGCUUUAUAAAGCUCUUGAGGAGCCCCUGCUGUUACAACGAGCCCAGUCUGUCCUCUACCAAAGCGAUCCAGAGGAGUCCGAGAGCUACACGGCCGACCUCACUGAGAGCCUGGGACACAGCGGACACAGUGGCCAGAGUAACAGCGUGCAGGGAGGCAACAGAGCACCAGACUCGCCUGCACGUGACUCCCUGUACACCAGCAUCACAAACCUGCGAGACUCACCUUACCCAGACAGCAGUCCUGAGCCCCUGGAGGUGGUGCCCCGCUCGGCUCAGCCCCCUGAGGAGUUAUACUACAGCUCCGGAAGGCCUGCCUUGGGUUCUCGGGGGGCCCCAAUGCAGACCUUCUACCAGGCCCAAGCACGUAGACCGAGUGGGGAGGGACAUGCGGCUCAGGAGCCUGCACAUAGUGAGGGAGACGGACAGAUGCAGCUGGUCACCAGCCUGUGACUGGAGCCUGACGGAGGAAGUCUGAGACUCUAAUGUGAUGGCCAGAGCUGCCUCUUAGCCCACCUCGUUCUCGCGUCUCUCCACUUUCUGCUUGUUUGGUUGCCUUCUUUCUCUGAUUUUUAUUUAACUAACAGAUGAGCAAACAGAGUGACCUUCAGGGGGAGUCAGGGCUGACUCUGCAGACUCAGCCUUUGUCUUUAACCCUCCCCUUUCUUAUGGAGAUGAGUGAUGGAUGUUUUUCAGCAGUGCAUUCAGCGCCUCUCUCCACCCCCAGCCCUCCCCAGUUCCUCUGGUACCCUAAGGCCAAGUCCAGCACUCUGAAUGUACCGAUCCACCCCCCUUUACCUUCAAAUACUUCAGACUUUAAAAAAAAGUUUUUUAUGUAAUUUCUCUUCAGACCUGCCUGCGGAGAUGAGAAUAUCAUUUUAUAUUUUUUCUCAUUUCCCUUUCGUAUCACCCAUUGGUGUUUUUGGAGUCUUCAUUUGAUAGGAGUAGUUAGCUGUGGAGACAGGGACUUUAGUACUAUAAUAUAACCCCAAAAAAAUGUCUCACAGAAAGCUCUUCACUGUUGCCAAAAAUAUCUUUUAUUGAGCCAGAACAGAAACUAGAAGAUUCACAAGGCAAACACAUUCAUAUAUUACACACACACACACACACACACACACACACACACACAGACACUCACUCAUCCAGAAGUGCUCAUUACUGAACAUCGAAAGUGAAAACAGUACUCCAUGUAAGUAAAAGGGAGCAAGAGCUUUUGUUCCAAGCAGGAAGUGGGAGCUGAUUCAGUGUAGUUGCCUUCAUUUUCUCUUGCUGUGAAUCGACAGCGAUGUACAAAAGUGGAGUAGAGGCAGAGAUGGAGACUGAGGAGACCCCGCACCGCCCCUCCACAGAAGGAGAACCUGCAUCCAAAGGACUGGCCGUUUUCUCUCCACUCUUCUCUGUUUGCUUUAGGCAUUUGAAAAGUUGAAUGACUGCCUUGCUAUUGUUUUGAAGAGAGUAUUACAUUUGUUGACUUUUGGUCUGCAUCCUUUGGGGUCCUGCUGAAUCAACGGGUACCCCCCCCCCUCACCACCCCCCUGCUCCCUGUACUCUGCUGAUAGAGCCUAGACAGUCGAAGUGGACUUGUUUCCUGUGUGCCGUUGUGACAAACAAGACUGUAGACGUCGCAAACACACUGGUCGAUCCAAUUGGUAUAAAUGUGUACAUAGGACCCACACAUGAAUCUACUUUAUUCCUACUAUGUAAAUAGACACCAGAUGAUCAAAAGCAACAAAACGUAACAAAUACUAUGAAAAAUGACUUCUUGUACUGCAACAAACCGACAUGAGAAAAAUAAAAUGUUUUGGAGUUUGUGA